AUGAGUGGGAUCCUGAAGAGGAAGUUUGAGGAGGUGGAGGUAGACAGUCCCUCCCCCUGCCUCUCUCUCCAGGGGUCCGAUGACGAGGUCUCCGCCGGCAGCGACAGCGGGAACAGCAGCGACAGUGUCAACCCCGGCCCCUCCACCCCCGUUGCCCGUGAGUUGCUUACCCAGCAUGCACUUGACUGCUUAACUAACACACCCAGCCUGCCAACUUUGGACAACACUGUCAACUAUUUGACACAAAGUGAAUGAAAUAGCAUCUUUACAUUGUGCUAGUGAGUAGCCUUACAUCUUUCUAGUGGAAAAAACUCCCAGUUAAUAGAACCACAUACUCACCUACUGCUUUUCAAAUCAGCUGGGAUUCCCUCAAGCACCACCAGCAUAGAGAGCCUCAGCGGGAUUAGAUUGAUAGAGAGAAACAGGAAGUAACUCUUGGGAGUAGUGUGAUUUCAUCUCUCUCUAGGAGUCAUAGGGGGUGAUCUCCCCUAGCUCCUGCUCCCUGUGGGUUUUUAGAUGACAGGGAGGAUGGUAGGGAUGCUAGAACUCACCCAAGGGGUCCAAAGGGAUAUCAACAGCAGCAAUAGCUAUAGUGAUACUUUGUCUCUAAAUGCCCCCCCCCCCUCUCUCUCCAUCUCUCUCCCCUCUCUCCAUCUCGCUCUCCUCUCUCCUUCUCUCUCCAUCCCUCCUUCUCUCCCUCCCUCUAACAGCCUCUUCUAUCUUGAUGUGUGAGAAGCGCCUGCGGGUGCGCAACGUGCACUUUGAGAGCGUGACGGUGUACUACUUCAGCCGGCGCCAGGGCUUCACCAGCGUGCCCACGCAGGGUGGCAGCACCCUGGGCAUGUCCACGCGCCACAGCUGGGUGCAGCGCUACACCCUGGGGGAGUUCGCUGUGGAGCAGGAGAGAAGCCACCGAGACAUGCUGCGAGACCACCUCAAAGAGGAGAAACUCAACUCCAUCAAACUCAAGGUAGUCAAGUCCAUCUAACUAAAGGUAGUCAACUUUAGUCAACUCCAUCUAACUAAAGGUAGUCAACUCAAUCUAACUUAGGGGUUCCCAAACUUUUUUGGCCCACGACCCCAUUUUGAUAUCUGAAAAUUCUCGCGACCAUCACAUACUUUUAAUGUGGGGCUAUGACAGUCAUUGCAAAUUAGUCUGACAUAAUGUAUCUUAUCUCACCACCACUAAUGAGAUGGGUGUGGCUUGAUGCAUGUCGCGUUGGAGCUUCUCAAAGUCAGGGGGCGUGGUCGACAGUGCGCACCUCAUCUCUGCUGUCACAUCCAACCUGGAUCGAUAUUUGUUUUUAAUGUAGACGAGAGCAUUGAAUCCAGCUUCAGACAGAUAUGAGCUGGCGAAGGGUACCAUGAGUUUUAUGGUGCUUUCAAGACAACUGGGAACUCUGAAGAAUAUAAGGUAAAAUCAUGACGUCGGUGAUCUUCAGGUCGGAAAGUCUGAGCUCUAGAAAGAGGCCUGAGUUCCCAAGUUGGAAUUCCGAGUUGGAUGAACGUUCAAAACUAUUUUUCCCAGUCUAAGAUUUCCGAGUUCCCAGGUCCGAGUUCCCAGUUGUUUUGAACGCGGCAAUAAUGCUCAGAGGCAGACGGCAGGGUAUUCGCUUUGAGUCAGGAACCAAAACUCCUCCGUAGUGACCCGUGAAUGCAUUCAGUCACAUGACAGCUUGAUCAGCUGUUUGAUUUCACUUACCGGCAUGUCAACUGAGCCAGGAUCACAGUCAAACGGAUUGGGAAGUAGGUCCCAAAGUGCUCUUCCAAGCGUUGAAGGUGAUCAGUCAUCACUCGUGUGGGACACUUACUGAUGCUGUUUUCUGUUAGAAACAUGCACAGCCGAGGGAAGGGGGCAUGAUCCGCUUUUGAAAGACUCUAUCCAAUAAGAACUCAUUCCUCUGAAUCCACUGAUUGAGUCACUCGUCUGUAGAAUGUUUUUGUAUUUCUCCUGCAUGCUUGCGUUCAGUUCAUUCAGUUUCCCAAAUACAGUGAGGGAAAAAAGUAUUUGAUCCACUGCUGAUUUUGCACGUUUGCCCACUGACAAAGAAAUGAUCAGUCUAUAAUUUUAAUGGUAGGUUUAUUCGAACAGUGAGAGACAGAAUAACAACAAAAAAAUCCAGAAAAACGCAUGUACAAAUUUUUAUAAAUUGAUUUGCAUUUUAAUGAGGGAAAUAAGUAUUUGAUCCCCUCUCAAUCAGAAAGAUUUCUGGCUCCAAGGUAUCUUUUUUAUACAGGUAACAAGCUGAGAUUAGGAGCACACUCUUAAAGGGAGUGCUCCUAAUCUCAACUUGUUACCUGUAUAAAAGACACCUGUUCACAGAAGCAAUCAAUUAAUCAGAUUCCAAACUCUCCAACAUGGCCAAGACCAAAGAGCUCUCCAAGGAUGUCUGGGACAAGAUUGUAGACCUACACAAGGCUGGAAUGGGCUACAAGAUCAUCGCCAAGCAGCUUGCUGAGAAGGUGACAACAGUUGGUGUGAUUAUUCGCAAAUGGAAGAAACACAAAAUAACUGUCAAUCUCCCUCGGCCUGGGGCUCCAUGCAAGAUCUCACCUCGUGGAGUUGCAAUGAUCAUGAGAACGGUGAGGAAUCAACCCAGAACUACCCGGGAGGAUCUUGUCAAUGAUCUCAAGGCAGCUGGGACCAUAGUCACCAAGAAAACAAUUGGUAACACACUACGCCGGGAAGGACUGAAAUCCUGCAGCGCCCUCAAGGUCCCCCUGCUCAAGAAAGCACUUAUACAGGGCCAUCUGAAGUUUGCCAAUGAACAUCUGAAUGAUUCAGAGGAGAACUGGGUGAAAGUGUUGUGGUCAGAUGAGACCAAAAUGGAGCUCUUUGGCAUCAACUCAACUCGCCGUGUUUGGAGGAGGAGGAAUGCUGCCUAUGACCCCAAGAACACCAUCCCCACCGUCAAACAUGGAGCUGGAAACAUUAUGCUUUGGGGGUGUUUUUCUGCUAAGGGGACAGGAUAACUUCACCGCAUCAAAGGGACGAUGGACGGGGCCAUGUACCGUCAAAUCUUGGGUGAGAACCUCCUUCCCUCAGCCAGGGCAUUGAAAAUUGGUCGUGGAUGGGUAUUCCAGCAUGACAAUGACCCAAAACACACGGUCAAGGCAACAAAGGAGUGGCUCAAGAAGAAGCACAUUAAGAUCCUGGAGUGGCCUAGCCAGUCUCCAGACCUUAAUCCCAUAGAAAAUCUGUGGAGGGAGCUGAAGGUUCGAGUUGCCAAACGUCAGCCUCGAAACCUUAAUGACUUGGAGAAGAUCUGCAAAGAGGAGUGGAACAAAAUCGCUCCUGAGAUGUGUGCAAACCUGGUGGCCAACUACAAGAAACGUCUGACCUCUGUGAUUGCCAAAAAGGGUUUUGACAAGUAAAUUUUGCAGAGGGUUCAAUUAUUUCAUUAGAAUCAAACAUUUAUAACAUUUUACAGCGUUUUCGGAUUUUUUUUUUUUCUGCUUCACUGUUCAAAUAAUCUCAUUAAAUUAUAGACGAUGUCUUGCAUGGGCAAACGACAAAUAGCAGGGAUCAAUCUUUUUUCGCUCACUGUCUUCUGUUCUACACAUUUAUUUUCAUUACCACACGUCAACCAUUGUGAAACAGUUCCUCUCUCAAUGCGAAAAAUCUUUCCAACACUCCCCCUCUUUAACCACCAAGCCUUUGUAUGAAAUAGAACAUUGUCAGGCUCUGAUCCCAUAUCUCCACAUAGUUUUGCGAACAGGCGUGCGUGCAGUGGAUGUGGUUUGAUGUAGUUUACAAUCGAAGUUACCUGCUGCAUUAUAUCUCCAAGUUCUGUGCUCAGCUCUUUGCCGCCAGUUGCUCUUGGUGUAUCAUGCAAUGCAUCCAAAUGGCAGAGGGAGACAUUCGUAACUAGAGUGCAUGCAGAGGCCUGCCCGCCGUCCCGCCAUAGAUGAAGCCCCAUCAGUGCAAAAGCCCACCAUUCGAUCCCAUGGAAUCGAUAUAGUCACGCAGCACACUGAACAUCCCCUGUGCCCUUUCAUUCUCGGGAAUCGUGAAACAGAACAAUAUUUCCUUGUGAAUAGCAUCCCCUGACAUGUAUAGCGAACAAAAGUAAAUGCAUGGACAUCUCGGCCCUCACAGCUAACGUUCAUUUGAAGAGCAUAAGCUGGGGAGUUUUUGAGUCGUUCGGGCAGCUUCCUCUUGAUUGCUAGUUAUAGCAUCAAUUCUUCAUUUAAAAGUGUUAUCUGACAAAGGUAUUGAUGUGAGUUUCUGUGCCUCUGCCUCCCCACACAUUGUUUUCACCAUAUCAAUUGUGGCCGGUAAUAUCAAGGUCUCUGCAAUAGUGUGUGGUUUCAUAGCGUAGUGGGCCUAGCCAUUCAACGUGGGGAUGAUUAAAGUGCAACAGUGAAGUGCGGCCUUUUCCCAUGAUGUAAGGGCACUCUCUGGUUCAAUUUAUCUUUUAGAUUGGAAUCAUUUUCAUUUAGAUUUUUAAGGUUAACCACAUUACAAUGAUUUUGAGAUACAAAGACGAUAUUAUAAUAUAUAUCUUGGUAUAUAUUUUUUCUUCAGGAUUUUGGAAAUUCUCCAACGAACCAUUUUCAUAUCAGGCGACCCCACAUGAGGUCGCGAACCCUAGUUUGGGAACCACUAGUCUAACUAAAGUUAGUAAACUUUGCCAAACUGAAGGUAGUCAAGUCUGUCAACCUAAAGAUAGUCAACUCCAUCAAACUAACGGUAGUCAACUUUAGUCAACUCCAUCAAACUAAAGGUAGUCAACUCCGUCUAACUCAAAGUAGUCAACUCCAUCAAACUAAAGGUAGUCAACUUUAGUCAAUUCCAUAUAACUAACGGUAGUCCACUGAGUCUUACUCAAAGUAGUCAGCUCUACCUAGUCAACUCCAUCAAACUAAAGGUAGUCAACUCCGUCUAACUCAAGGUUUCGACUGUGCCUUUAAUGCCUUUGUAUUAAAGUAUCCAGCAGUGCAGUGGCAAAUGCAGUUUAUUAAUAAUAGAUUGCAUAAAGCAUACACAGUGGUACUUGUCCAAGUGCCUAAAGUGCAUUACAUUAUACACCAAUGUGUAGCAUGGCAACUAUUUCUGUGCUAGAAAUCAGCUAACAUAGCGGAGAGAUGAGGAAGGAAUGUUUGCCCAUUUGUAAGCCGGGGAUAACCAGGAAAGCAGGAUAGCAUUAGGACUAGGUUAUGAAUUCAAGGUUAAUGACAAAUUACAUUAAAAACCUGAGUGCCACAGUCCUUUCUAGUCAAAAUUACCUUUACAUUCCUUAUAAUGUAUUCCAUAAUGAUUAAUUUAUUCAGUGUAUUCACUAGCACUUUCAGCUGCAUUAUUGCAGUGAUUCUAAUCCAACACAAGGGGAUGCGCUAACACAAGCAGUCAGCCAUGUAAUUGUUAUCAAUAAUCCCCCUCAUUGGUUUAUGCUGAUUCCUCUCACCUCGCUGUGACCUCGGACAGUGUGUUGUGGUAACAGAUUUCUUUGAACAACCUGUGUAAACCAUUUAUGUAUUGAAUUGAUUCAUAACACCACCUAAAGUAUUAUAAACAGGAGAUAAGCAUUUAUUUCAUGUAUACAAGGAUACACAUAUAUAAGCACCUACAACAAUUUAUAUUAAAGUGCAUGAGUUUGUAUCCAUAUAAUACUAUAAGAUAAAGCAUACAUACACUCUUUACAAGAGCCUAGAUACAGUAGUACAUUAUACACUGAAUAUACAAAACAUUAAGAACACCUGCUCUUUCGAUGACAUAGACUGACCAGGUGAAUUCAUGUGAAAGCUAUGAUCCCUUAUUGAUGUCACUUGUUCAAUCCACUUCAAUCAGUGUAGAUGAAGGGGAGGAGAUUUAAGUGCCUUUGAACAGGGUAUGGUAGUAGGUGCCAGGCGCACCGGUUUGUGUCAAGAACUGCAACGCUGCUAGGUUUUUCUUGCUCAAAACUUUCCUGUGUGUAUCAAGAAUUGUCCACCACCCAAAGCGCAUCCAGCCAACUUGACACAACUGUGGGAAGCAUUGGCGUCAACAUGGGCCAGCAUCCUUGUGGAACGCUUUCGACACAUUGUAGAGUCCAUGCUCAGACAAAUUGAGGCUGUUCUGAGGGCAAAAGGGAGCGCAACUCAAUAUUAGGAAGGUGUUCCUAAUGUUUGGUAUACUCAGUGUACAUCACUAGAGAGCAUCAGCAUCUACUCGUGUGUCUUUCCUCCAGCUGACCAAUAAUGGCACUGUGGAGUCGGACGAGGCCGAGUCACUGACCCUGGAUGACAUCUCGGAGGACGACAUCGACCUGGACAACACGGAGGUGGACGAGUACUUCUUCCUGCAGCCGAUGACCACCAGGCGGCGUCGCGCUCUCCUUCGGGCGUCCGGGGUGCGACGCAUCGACGUGGAGGAGAAGCACGAGCUGCGGGCCAUCCGGGUGUCCCGGGAGGAGUGUGGCUGCGACUGCAGGGGGCUGUGCCACCCCACGACCUGCGCUUGCAGCCUGGCCGGCAUCAAGUGCCAGGUAAAUGGAGCUGUGGUGAGGGGCCUCCUGAAUUAAAUCUGUCAGUAUGUUUGCCUGUUAAAUGAUGGUUGGCUGGCUAUUGGCUGGCUAGCUGUUUGCCUGGCUGUUUGCCUGCCCUUUUGCCUGUCUGUCUGUCUGUUUGACUGUCUGCUGUGCUUAUGCAUCUGUCUAUGUGUUUGUUAUUCAUUGGAAAUGGAACCGUUCAGUAUUGGAGGCUGACUGAGACGUUUGUUGUCUGUCUCUACAGGUAGAUCGCAUGUCAUUCCCGUGCGGCUGUAGCAAGGAGGGCUGCAGUAACAGCACAGGCCGCGUCGAGUUCAACCCCAUCCGCGUUCGCACCCACUUCCUGCACACCAUCAUGAAGCUGGAGCUGGAAAAGAGCCGUGAGCAACAACAACAACAGCCGCAGGUCACCAACGGCAAUGGUUACCACGGAGAACUACCAGUCAACGUCCCCGUGCAGCGGGCUCUGCAGUACUCCCUAAUGUCUGACAACAUCCCAGUCCCGCAGGCUCCCAUCAUGCACCUGCCGAGCGCCAGCGACACAGAGCAGCAUCUAGAAGAGGAAGCGGACGAAGAUGAGGAAGAUGAUGACGAGGAGUACGAGGAUGAGGACGAUGGUAGUAGUUUAUGUAGCGGCCUCUCGGACUGCAGCACCGACAGCCUGCACACUAGUGACUCUGAGGAAGAAGAGGAGGAGGAGGAAGAUGACUGUGAGUCUAUGGAGGAGGGGGUGAGUGGACCCCCAGUCUCUCACACAGAGGUGGUUCCUCUCUCCUCUGUGUUGGGAUACACUGACGGCACACACACCAACACCAACCGCACUAACCCCAACUCAUACUACCACAACCCUUCAACAGGGUACUACCAGAUGGACAACUCAGCCAACCUGAACCCCACACCCAAAGCCCCUAGUGAAGCUCCCUCACUCCCCCUCUCACUCCCUAACAGGGAGGGGGCCACCGAUAGCCCCACGAUUGUGUCACAGGAGCAGCCUAAAACCACCUCCGAGCCGCACACAGACCACCUCAGCCAGGCAGAGGGACAGUAUAUGCAUUUUCCCCACUCUGACAAAGCACCGGUGGCCAACGCCUGUUCCUCAGCCCCCCAGCAGAGCAACACUCCCCCUAGUGGGGAGACUAGUGAACUACACCAUGAGCAGCCCUUUCAGACGCAGGUUAGCAGUUUUCGUCACGAAUCUUGUUCUGGAGGCAGCUCUGCAGAGUGGUCACUAGCUGGCACAGCCACAAAGUCAUAAAAUCUGAUUUUAAACCUAACCUUAACCCUAAAUGUAACUACACUGCUAACCCUAAUGCCUAACCCUAACCUUAAGUUAAGACCAAAAAGCACAUUUUAGUUUACAUGAAUUUUUACAAUAUAGCCAAUUUUGACUCUGCAGCUGGCCUAUCUAAGGGGAAAUCGCUCAGUUCUGCCUACAGGACAAGACUCAUGACAAUAAUUGUCAAUCUGCUUUUCAGACAGACGGUAAUGAUAUUACACUGUCACUGAAGAAUAGCACACGGUCUGAGGUAUCUGUGGGGACUAAGGAGCAGCAAAGCCAGGGGUCUUUCAACGGGCUGGCUGAGGUUUCCUCUCUCCUACCUGAGAAUGAAAGGGACCCACCAAUUCUAGAGACUAACACUGAAGUCACUAGCAUAGUGUCAGGUAGACUUGCGGAAAGUUCAAUCGAAACUGGUUCGUGUGAUAAGUCAAAUUAGCAUUCCUGUGCAGCAAGAAUGCACAUUUGGAUUAAUGUGCUGACCAACUUUAUUAAAGGGAUAGUUCAGGAUUUUGGCAUUGAAGACCUUUAUCUACUUCCCCAGAUCCAGAUGAACUUGUGGAUACCAUUUUUAUGUCUCUGCAUGCAGUUUGAAGGAAGUUGCUAACUAGCGUUAGCGCAAUUGCUAACUAUCGUUAGCGUAAUGACUGGAAGUCUAUGGUAACAGAUGCGAGCUGUGACCAUAGAAUUCCAGUCAUUGCACUAACGCUAGUUAGCAUUGGCUUGCGAAACUACCUCUAACUUCCUUCGUACUGGAUGCAGGAUGCAGAGACAUAAAAAUGUUAUCCAUGUGUUCAUCUGACUGGGACUGGGGAAGUAGAUAAUGGGCUUCAUUGCUAAAAUCCCAAAGUAUUCAUUUUCUAGUGAAACUACAUGAUGUCAAUAUCAAUUCAUUUUCUGUACAGGAAUAAUGCUGCUUUUGACUUAUCCUAGAAACCGGGUUGCCAGUUUGAUUGAAUAGAACCUGAAGGACAGUGUUUGUUGUUAUAACUCCUGAUGAAUGCACCUUUAACGUGAACGAUUAGGUUGCAAAGGCAAAUUGUGGGAUUUUGCCUCAGAAGGAUCUUUGCACAUCAUUGCACACACAGUUUCCAUUUCCUGGAUCUGAAUGUCUAACAGGUAUUGGACAAUGCUGUGAAAUAGUUAGAAUUAAACAAAAUUAUUCCUUAUAUCAAUAAUAUAACCAUGUUGAAUGGGGAAAUGAAAAGAUAAUCUAAUUUGAGUUAAAUUAAUUAACUAAAAUAGACAGUAGGGCUGGGACAAUAUCAGUAUCGCGAUACUUGUUAGUAGCAUGGCAAUGAAAUGAAACAGGAAGCGGAUUUAACUUCUUUAGGAAAACAUCCCUAAUGUUGGAAACGAACAUUAUGUUGUCAACCAGAGUCACAUGUAUUUAUUUUCCAAGCUAUAGCACAUAAUAUUUACAUACAGCAGGUUUUUAAGGACCAAAUAGUUUGGUCUGUUUCAUCUUUUAAUUUUCUACAUGGAAAGAAUAUUGCGAUACUGGUAUAGUCACAGCCCUAGUAGAUAUAACUUUUAUAUGGAGUGAACUGGAAAAUGUAUAUAGCUGCAGUUUAUUUAUGUCUAUACAAAGUAUAGUAAUAUUAUGUAUGUUUUGAUAAUGAGAGCAUGCUGUGGUUAGUAUUGAUGACAAAUCAACACGAUUUUGAGGUACUACAAUUCUUAAGCGUUGGUCUCGUGCUUACUUGUGUUGUCUCAUAGAUGUUGAAUACUUAGCAUGUAUUUUGUUAAAAGGAAAAUACCACAUUUAAAAAUGAAAUUAGUUUUUUUUAAAUAUACAGUGAGAAUGUCAAAAGGAAACAAAUUAAAGAACAUUUAUACUUUAUUUUAGAUUGGACAAUCCUCCAAGCUACUAAAGUUAGAGCCACAGACUUAUGAUCGUCUCUAGCCUUACCACUACAUUUAGGUCCAUUUUCAAAAGGACCAUGAAACUUGGAAAAUCAACGUAAUAUCAGAUAGUUUUAAACAUCUUGCUCAAUUUCUUGAGAUAAGCUGUAUUUUCAGUGCUGCUAUUAUGAUUUGUUAUCAAGUUUUAUUGUCACAAUCACAGGAUACAGCAGGUGUAAAACAGUACAGUGAAAUGCUUAACUUGCGAGCUCUUACCCAAUAAUGCACAAUAAAGGUAGUAAUAUAGAUAAGAAAUAAAACACAUGAAAUGUGAAAAAAGAAACAGGAGAAUACAGUUCUAGAAAGUUCUUAUGUACAGGUCAGUACAGUGCCAGUACUGUUAUUACAGUGUGCAGGGGUACUGGAGUGAUUGAGGAAGGAAUGGACCUACUCCAUCACAAAGUGUUCUGUGCCUCUUUAUCUAGCCCCUUUAUGGUUGUCCUCGCUCUCUCUCUCUUUCUCGCUCUCUCAUGACCUCUCUCUCCUCUCUCCCAUCCUGUGACAUCCUAUCACGUCAGCCAAUGAGGUGUGUGUAGCUUAAGGGUGCCAAAGCAUUCAUGUUCAGGUGAUCUAUAUUGAAUUAAGCUACGUCUGUACCAGUCUCUGCUAUUCUGCUGUAGAUAUGAUCUGGUAGUCUAUAUUGCUGUCAAUGUGAAAAUGGGUAUUUAUUGUGGUUUAUUCUCGCAGCAGUCUGUUUUGUCAUGAAGGCCUUGAAGUGCACAGAGCUCAUGUUUUUUUUGGGGUGUGUCCCAAAUGGCACGUUAUUCCCUAUAUAUACAGUGCCUUGCAAAAGUAUUCAUCCCCCUUGGUGUUUUUCCUAUUUUGUUGCAUUACAACCUGUAAUUUAAAUGGAUUUUUAUUUGGAUUUCAUGUAAUUGACAUACACAAAAUAGUCCAAAUUGGUUAAGUGAAAUGAAAAAAAUAACUUGUUUCAAACAAUUCUAAAAAAUAAAUAAUGGAAAAGUGGUGCGUGCAUAUGUAUUCACCCCCUUUGCUAUGAAGCCCCUAAAUAAGAUCUGGUGCAACCAAUUACCUUCAAUGUCACAUAAUUAGUUAAAUAAAGUCCACCUGUGUGCAAUCUAAGUGUCACAUGAUCUGUCACAUGAUCUCAGUAUAUAUACACCUGUUCUGAAAGGGUCUGCAUCACCACUAAGCAAGGGGCACCACCAAGCAAGCGGCAUCAUGAAGACCAAGGAGUUCUCCAAACAGGUCAGGGACAAAGUUGUGGAGAAGUACAGAUCAGGGUUGGGUUCUAAAAAAAUAUCUGAAACUUUGAACAUCCCACGGAGCACCAUUAAAUCCAUUAUAAAAAAAUUGAAAGAAUAUAGCACCCCAACAAACCUGCCAAGAGAGGGCCGCCCACCAAAAAUCACGGACCAGGCAAGGAGGGCAUUAAUCAGAGAGGCAACAAAGAGACCAACGAUAACCCUGAAGGAGCUGCAAAGCUCCACAGUGGAGAUCGGAGUAUCUGUCCAUAGGUCCACUUUAAGCCGUACACUCCACAGAGCUAGGCUUUACGGAAGAGUGGACAGAAAAAGCCAUUGCUUAAAGAAAAAAAUAAGCAAACACGUUUGGUGUUCGCCAAAAGGAAUGUGGGAGACUCCCCAAACAUAUGGAAGAAGGUACUCUGGUCAGAUGAGACUACAAUUGAGCUUUUUGGCCAUCAAGGAAAACGCUAUGUCUGGCGCAAACCCAACACCUCUCAUCACCCCGAGAACACCAUCCCCACAGUGAAGCAUGGUGGUGGCAGCAUCCUGCUGUGGGGAGGUUCACCUUCCAGCAGGACAAUGACCCUAAGCAUACUGCUAAAUCAACACUCGAGUGGUUUAAGGGGAAACAUUUAAAUGUCUUGGAAUGGCCUAGUCAAAGCUCAGACCUCACUCCAAUUGAGAAUCUGUGGUAUGACUUAAAGAUUGCUGUACACCAGCGGAACCCAUCCAACUUGAAGGAGCUGGAGCAGUUUUGCCUUGAAGAAUGGGCAAAAAUCCCAGUGGCUAGAUGUGCCAAGCUUAUAGAUACCCCAAGAGACUUGCAGCUGUAAUUGCUGCAAAAGGUGGCUCUACAAAGUAUUGACUUUGGGGGGUGAAUAGUUAUGCACGUUCAAGUUUUCUGUUUUUUUUGUGUCUUAUUUCUUGUUUGUUUCACAAGAAAAAAUAUUUUGCAUCUUCAAAGUGGUAGGCAUGUUGUGUAAAUCAAAUGAUACAACCCCCCCCCCAAAAAAACAUUUUAAUUCCAGGUUGUAAGGCAACAAAAUAGGAAAAAUGGCAAGGGGGGUGAAUACUUUCGCAAGCCACUGUAGUGCACUUUUUUUGAACAAGGAAGUAGUGCCAUUAUAGGGUAUUUGGGACACAGACUUCCUGUUCUGUUUAGUUUUGUUCCAGAAUGUCUAUUUGUUUAUCAAGACAGCCUAGAACUGGGGGCCAAAAUAGAUUUUCUCUGUUUGUCUCUUCUUCUUUUUUAUACCACCAUUUUUUCCUUUUCCACAAACAUCAGACUUUGAGAAUAAAUAAAUGGAAUAAUUGUGUCCCUUGUCAUUCAUUUUGGUUACGGAUUAUUAUGACCUUGACAUUUUGUCAAGAUGAAUGAUACAUAUCAGAAAUGUAAUGUAUUGUUGUAAUUAUUAAAGGAAUACAAAAUAUAUAUCCUAAACAUAAAUAUGGCUAUUUCAGUUUAUAGUUUCUUUAAAAAAAAGACUGUGUCAAUCCCAUUUUUCAGUUACAAAUGUAGCCUCUGAAAUCCCCAGAGAAAACCAGUGCCAUGUUGUCUGUCCGCCCCGACAGAGCCAGAGUGAGAUGGAUUCUCCGGAAUGUGUCUGUUUCCCAGGGUAACACAUAUCUAAGACUGCUGUCUAGCGCUGAAGACCUCUACAUUAUGUCAUGAAUUUGAGGAGUUAUUUCAGUAAUGUCUCAGCAACUGAUUAUUCCAGGAUAUAUGUAUAAUUAUUUAGCAUAAAGUCAGCUAUAGCUAAUACUAUUCUGUUCCUGUUCAUACAUUCAAAAGUAGUGAUUGUAGUGAAUUGAGAAAUAUUUAGAAAAUACAUUAGGAACAAGGUGUUGGUUUUAAACUGACUGUGAAAUCAGUCAGUCUACUGGGGUUAUUUAGAUGUCAGUCCUGUGCUAUACCUUUAGACGGCAUCCUUAACUUGAUAGUUGACAACAGAUGUAAUAAUGUCUAAAUUAUGGCUUAGUGAGGAGUUAAGCAACAACAUUGAAAGAAUCUGUAUUACAUUUAUCAAAAUUACAUAAUAAUACAAAUACAAUAAAUGAUAAUAGGUUGUACGGUUUGACUCAAUGGAACUUGAUGACAAAACCAAAAUUCCCUUGCUUACUGUGUUUGCCUAUGGGGGGGGGGGUAUUAUUUAUUGCCCAUUUGUGCUGUUGCUGAGCAACUAUUGUUAGGUAAUCAUGGAAAUUAUUCUCAAGAGUUCAACAGACAUAACAACCUACUAUAAUGACAGCAUUUGAGUACUUAAUUGAGCACAUAAUUUCAGCCUACUGCAUGAUUUGAGCCAGUCAACAAGCACUCAUAGAACAUGUUUAUUGAAAAGCACACUAAAAUCAGCCAGAAUUGCUACUCAGACUGGCCGUGUGUCUCCCCACCUCUAGGGGGAGCCACUGACCUUGUUUUGCAGGGAGUCCUCUCUUUGGUGGCAGGCAGGUUAGGUCCUGUCUUCCAACCUCAUACAGGCUAAUCUGUUCCUGUAUGGGGACGAUAUCAUGGCUCACUGCCCAUGGGUGUGUAUUAAACUACCAUUUACUCAAACAGACCCCCACUACAGCAGGUUCUGAGCACACAAAGGACUUGUAUGGAUUAAAGCACAGGGAUAUGAAGGCAGUUCAUUGAUACUAUGCAUAUACUGUAAUAUUUUACAGUAUAACAAGUGUAUUCCAUGGCUUCUGUUUUUUUCUGAUGCAGGGAAGGAGGGAAGGACAUGCCUGCUCGCAGCAAGGUAUUGUGGGUAGGCAGUUGGGAGACACUACUGAUCAAUCACAAGCGGGGGAGCUGUGACGUAAGGUUGCCAAGCAACAGCAGGGGAGAAUCUGGCGGCAGGAUCAGAAGUGUUUUGAGGCAGUAAGGGUGGAGGUAAUCUCAGCCUCUCCCUCUGUAUACAGCUCGUCUAUGUCUCCCUGCUGCCUAUUGACCAUUUAACAUGCUAACAAUAGAUUGCAUAAUGCAACAGUUUAAUCUGAAUGAAAAUAUUAUUUGUGCAAAGUAUGCUUUCCAAAAUCGGUUUUAUUUUGGAAAUCUUGAUUUUGUGUUUUGUGGUCACAUCUUUGGUUAUAACAAAAAUGUCACUCGUCACACAUUUGCAAAUGUAUACAUUUCAGUGUAACAUGUAAUUCAACCACAUGGAUGAUCCCUUCAACCAAAUAUCCAUCAAUAUCCAGCAAUCAUCAUACUUUCUAGUAGAGCAUAGCUGAAAACCCAUGUCACAGACAGUAUAGCCUAACCAUUGAACAUAACAGGUUGAACAUUUAAAGAGAAAUGUAACAGGUGUGUACAAUUUUUUUAAACAAUUAUUUUUAAUGUUUUAAUCAUUCAUGUUAGCAGAUGAACUGAUACUAGUCCUGACCUGCAUGCCCUUCACUAACAUACCAGCUGAAGGAAAAAUGGCUGCCGAUUGCUUUAUGGUUCAUAUCUACAGAAAUGUGGACCAUACAAGUGUUUCAUGUGUCAAUGUGUGCAGAAUGUAAAACGAGUUAUAGAAAAAUGGCAACCUAAACGUUACUUUAAAAAGCAACAGUAUCUACUGUAAAAGUGCUAUUUAUAAUACUUGUAAUACAAGUAAACUGUAGACCCCAGUCACACACACUUGCACGCACACACACACGCGUGCCCGCACGGACGCACACACACACACACACAUGCGCACGCUCACAUAAUAUCCAUGGGGGUGGCCAUAAAAAUAUAAAAAGUGCUCUUACAUAAAAUGGAAGUGUUAUUCAUACUGUGGGAUCAUAUAGUAUACCAUACUGUAAAUCAAACCAAAUCACUAUGUUGAAAGGAUCAGGUUUUAAAUUAAAAUUAUUAAUGAACAAUGAGUACAGUAUGCAGUUUAGACGGGUGCUAAACUCUAAAUGCAAGGUAUCAUACGCACAUAUUAUAAUGGAGUUAGACACUUUUGAAAAAGACCAUCAAUGUGUUCCAUUUAUUAUAUUUUUGUUAGUUUGUUAGUGGAGAGAGAGAUAGAGAGAUAUCGAAAUACAUAUGUUAGACACAUUGCUUUGUGACAAUGAAUGUCUAUGAAAAUGAAGAAAGAAGUUGUAUGAAGCUCUCAUUGAAUCCCUCUCAUUUAAUCUGUUGACAUACAUUCAGGAUCUCUGUGUCCAUGGAAACAGCAAGGGGAGAACAAUAACAAUUCAUAUAGAUAGAAGAUACAUCUUUACCAAGUGUCACCGAUGAUAGGUUGUGGAAUUAAGCUUGUGCAUAAUGUUACGUUCACGUGAUGAGUAACCUUGCCUGAGACCUGAAGACCCGGGUUAGCUCCCCGAGCUAAGUCUCAGACCAUACCUCAGCGGGCUAGCACAGUCUUGUGGUGUGCAGGAGAUCUGGGUUUGAAACCCGGUCGGUUACACAUACAGUAUCUAUGCUUAUUCCCACGAAAACUGCUGCCUGAGCACAAAGAGUUCUGGGAGUAACAAAACGUAUGUGGCGUUAGUAUUGGAACAUGGAUUUGUUUAGUCGCUGAGUUUAGCUGUACAUGGCAUUUUUACAACUGUGAAAAGCAGUGGACACAUUCUCACAAUUACACGAUAAAAUAUUCCUUACCAUUAAAAAAAAGAAAUUAUACAAAAAUGCAAGAACCUUAAGUAACACGGCGAUCGUUAUUCAAGACACUGGAUGUAUAGUGGUAGCAGCAGCACUAGCUACAGACGACUUCACAGUAUACUCAAGUGUGUCAGAUAGUAACAACACUCAACAGAAAAUCACAAGCGGUUUCGCAGCUGCUUUUUGAGUUGCCGUCUUUCACUUACUCCUGGCAGUGAUACAUAACAAGAGGCUAUCUUCCCCUGCCUUGUUAAUAUGUAACCCUCUGAAACAGUCCCAUUACAUGGCUCCAAACCUGCUAUCUGGCCUCAGCCUUAGCUAG